AUGGCAGCACAAUCUGAUUCAAACGAGUAUAAGGAGCCAUUGCUGAGAAAGUUAGAGCAUCAACUAGACAACACAUGCAGCCUGCGAAGCGCCGACGUUGGGCAUCUGUGUUGUAACAGGAAGAUUUGUAGACAAUGCAGUGAACAAGGGAGCUCCUUUUUUCAAUCUCUAUUCAAUGGCAUGAAUGUUUUAACAGGUGUUGGAAUACUAUCAACUCCUUAUGCUGCAGCUAAGGGAGGAUGGCUGAGUCUCAUACUCCUCCUGUUCUUUGCUUUGAUAUGUUGCUACACUGCUAUUCUCCUUCGUCGAUGUUUGGAUUCAGACCCAUACAUUCGCAGCUACCGGGAUGUGGGUGAAGCAUCUUUCGGAAAAUGGGGCCGAUGGAUUGUAUCCAUUCUGUUGUAUUUAGAACUCUAUGCCGUAACAGUAGAGUUUCUGAUUAUGGAAGGAGACAAUCUGGCCCAUCGCUUUCCAUCCGCCAGCAUUUCACUUGGACCCACCAGGGUCGUUGCCUCCUUGUUAAUAGUUCUAACAGUUGGCCGGAUUGGAGUGCUCGACGGGGUUGGAUUCCACCACCACGGAACCCUUGUACACUGGAAUGGGCUGCCUGUAGCUGCGGGCCUUUGCUCCUUCUGCUAUUGUGGACACGCAGUCUUCCCAAGCGUGUACUGUUCUUUGCGCAACCGCACACAGUUUUCACUUGUUGUAGUCCUUAGUUUCAUCUUAUGCACAAUACUAUAUGACGGCAUUGCUGCUAUGGGUUACACAAUGUUUGGGGACGAGCUGCAAUCACAGAUUACUCUCAACCUGCCUCACGAAGCCCCUGCUUCUCAAUUCGCAAUCUGGGUGACACUCAUCAAUCCGUUUGCGAAAUAUGCCCUCACUCUGACUCCAGUGGUGGUGGCACUGGAGGAGUUCCUUCCCCACUCUGUGAAAGGCUCCAGGGAGGACAUGAGAUUUUGGGGCACAAUCCUGAGGACACUAAUCGUCAUCAGCACCGUUAUUGUGGCACUCUCAAUUCCAUUCUUUGGCCUUCUGAUGGCCUUCAUCGGGUCCUUACUUAGUGCAACGGUGUCCAUCAUCCUGCCUUGUCUAUGCUACUUGAAGAUUUAUGGGCACCAACUCUCCGAUCCUAAAGUUUCAUGUGUUGGGGCCGUGUUGUCUCUAGGCAUUUUAGUAGCAAUUGGGGGAACUUACUUUUCUGUGGUAGCCAUCAUCGAAAAUCUUUAGAUCUUAAGAAACUAGGGUUUUUUAGGACAAUUGAUAAUCCGGUUAACGUCUAGAUUAUUGCCGAUUACACUGAGUCACCUACGUUUGAUUGCUAGAAUGUUAGGUGCAUAUUGACUUGCUUUUAUAUUUGUUUUAAAGGAAUAAAAAGUUAAAAAUGUGAAGCAGAUUGAUGUGCGCUGGAUACAAGAGUCUGCUAGAACAAGGACAUACAUACAUACAUCCAUGCAUACAAAUACAAAUAUAUAUAAACCAUUCCUGUCCAAAAACGAGCUUCAUAGAAUCACGUGC